AUGGCAUCCCCAUAUAUCCAUAUCUUUGGUAAUCCAGUUACCCCUGGUUAUCCAGUUUUCCUUGGUUAUCUAGUUAUCCUUGGUUAUCCAGUUAUCCCAGGUUAUCUAGUUACCCCUGGUUAUCUAGUUAUCCCUGGUUAUCCAGUUAUCCCUGGUUAUCUAGUUACCCGUGGUUAUCUAGUUAUCCCUGGUUAUCUAGUUAUCCCUGGUAAUCUAGUUAUCCCUGGUAAUCUAGUUAUUCCUGGUUAUCUAGUUAUCCCUGGUUAUCUAGUUAUCCCUGGUUAUCUAGUUAUCCCUGGUUAUCUAGUUAUCCCUGGUUAUCUAGUUAUCCCUGGUUAUCUAGUUAUCCCUGGUUAUCUAGUUAUCCUUGGUUACCUAGUUAUCCCUGGUUAUCUAGUUAUCCCUGGUUAUCUAGUUAUCUUGAUAAUCUAGUUAUCUUUAGUAAUCUAGUUAUCUUGAUAAUCUAGUUAUCCUUAGUAAUCUAGUUAUCUUGGUAAUCUAGUUAUCCUUAGUAAUCUUGUUAUCUUGGUAAUCUAGUUAUCCUUAGUAAUCUAGUUAUCUUGGUAACCUAGGUAAUCUAGUUAUCUUUAGUAAUCUAGUUAUCUUGGUAUUCUAGUUAUCCUUAGUAAUCUAGUUAUCUUGGUAAUCUAGUUAUCUUUAGUAAUCUUGUUAUCUUGGUAAUCUAGUUAUCUUUAGUAAUCUAGCUAUCUUGGUAAUCUUGUUAUCUUUAGUAAUCUUGUUAUCUUGGUAAUCUAGUUAUCUUUAGUAAUCUAGUUAUCUUGGUAAUCUAGUUAUCCUUAGUAAUCUAGUUAUCUUGGUAAUCUAGUUAUCUUUAGUAAUCUAGUUAUCUUGGUAAUCUUGUUAUCUUUAGUAAUCUAGUUAUUCUUGGUAAUCUAGUUAUCCUUAGUAAUCUAGUUAUAUUCGAUAUGUAGUUAUCCUUGGUAAUCUAGUUAUCCUUAGUAACAUCUAGUUUUGCUUGGUAGUCUAGUUAUCCUUGGUAAUGUAAUGAUGAUCACCACCAUCACUUGUUGGAAAUAUCUGGAAAUGCUCUUACAGGUUUAUAAGUUUCAAUAAUUUCUGGGACCAGCAAAAGUUCGUCAUCUUAAUUAAACCAAGCCCGAUCUUUGCAUGGUACAUGAACUUAUUUUGUACUUAAUGCCCGUCUAUUGGAGUCUAUAACAAAUAUGAUACAUUUUCGCAAGUUUGAGGUUGGAUAAUAUUUAUCAGAUUUACUAUCUGCUAGUAAAACCACGUGCGUGAUCAAGCACGAAUAUUUAAUUCGAGUCAAUCAUUUGCGUCAAAUCCUGUGACACUGCUUAGUUUGAUGUCCUCAUAAGGGGUGGGUAAAACCAGAUUUGAACGUGUAAUUAAUGCGAACAGAAGUUUGUAUGUAGCUACAACUUCUCCGCACAGGCAUUAUCGUACAUGAUAUAGAGAUUUUUUACUAUAUCCAGGUAUAGAUACAAGUCUAUAUGCACAUCAUCCAGCUGCGCGCGUUCACCAGUUAGAUGAAUACCAUACAUAAUACAUUCAAUACCUAAGAAGUACAAAACAUCUUGGUGAUAUCAAUUAUGCCAUCAAGCAUCUGCGCAGGAAAGUGAGUGUAGCAAAUGUAACAACAUACAGAGAUCUCUAUCACUGAGACCAAGAUGCAUAACAAUGUAUUCAGUAGUAGGCUAAUUUAAUUUGAUGUAUAUAGCAAAGGUUUGGGUAAUGUUUCCUUUUCUUACGAUUAUCAUUUUACGUCAUAUGCCUUACGUAUAACAUAACGUGCUACGCUUUUCCUAAAAUUAACAUUAUCGACGCAACCGCGAAUGUCCUACACAAUUUGUGCAAAAAUACGAACACUACGCAUGCUGCAAUUGAUAUCAUCAGGAAGUCUUGAAAUCAAGCGGAAACAAAUUAUCCUCAGGAUCCCGAAAUCCAACAUCUUUCAAGAACAUUUAACACUUUCUUGUGUUAUAUAAUAUGUGUAUCUCUCUUAUUACGUGGAAUUAAACUGGGCAAACACUAAUAUAAAAAUUUUAGAUCGGUGCUAGGCAAAACGUUACGCAGAGAAAUUGCAAAUUAUACCCUUACAUUUCGCUGCAUGAGCCAAAAAUAGUUAAACAUGGUACACAUUUUUUCCCCUUCCCAACAUUAAUUAUGUACAAGCUCGAGUUCCAAAUUACAUUUGGAAAUUGAAAAGUGGGCAAGGAUAAUUACAGAAGUGAAAUUUUCACUGAAUAUUUGGUAAAGUUGCACCAAACCUCUGCAAGUCUUAACUAAUUUUCAUUCAGUUGAAUACUAAAUUAACAUACUCUUUUGACUUCUUCCUUUUAAGAUGUGUAUAAAGAAAUAUUUGUUGGACACUACACCUCCAAUAGGGUUUACAAAUUUUCUGCUGAAGCUCAAGAGGUUUUUGAAUCAUUCUCAGAUGAAAUUGUAGAACGCACGAAAAAACAGCUUAAAGAAGAUGUUAUCGUUACUGAUAACAUGUCAAAGGAAACUUUAUAA